GCAAGCAAGCAAAGGAACAAGAAAUCAGGAUCGCCAGUCAGCCUCUGGAGUCUGUAAAGGAGUACGUUUACCUAGGUCAAUUGCUCACAGGAGAUCCUGAUCAUAAGAAAGAAACUUACAGAAGAACAAAAUUGGGUUCUAGUGCAUACGGCAGGCAUUGCCAAAUCCUGACUGGGAGCUUACCACUGCCAUCGAAAAGAAAAGUGUACAAUCGUUGCAUUCUACCGGUGCUAGCAUAUGGGGCAGAAACUUGGAGGUGAACAAAGAAGCUCGAGAACAAGUUAAGGACUGCAGAAAGAGCGAUGGAAUGAAAAAGCGUAGUCUUAACGUUAAGAGACAGGAAGAGAGCGGUGUGGAUCAGAGAGAAAACGGGGAUAUAACCGAUACUCUAAUUGACAUUAGGAGAAAAAGAUGGAGCUGGGCAGGCCAUGUAAUGCGUAUAAGAUGGAUAACAGGUGGACCAUUAAAGUUGCAGAAUGGAUACCCAAGAGAACGGAAGGGCGGUCCCGGACGGCAGAAUAAUUGGGGGGGUGAUGGAGUUCGGAAAUUUGCAGGCGCAAGUUUGGAUCAGCUAGCGCAAGACAGGGGUAAUUGGAGAUCGUAUAGGGAGAGGCCUUCGUCCUGUAGUCGACAUAAAUAUAUAGGCAGAUGAUGAUGAUCAUCAUCAUGAUGAACCGUAAUGUUUGUUUCUGAGAUCGCGUUUAUUUCUCUAUGCUAACGGCGUUGUCCAACAACGCAGCCUACAUGGAAGCCCAGAAGCAGCCGUAUGGUGUUGAGACUCGGGGUAGCGUUUGGGCCGGUCAUCCUUCAGCCAUAGGGAUGAGUACGCCCGGGAGUAAGAGCGAGAGAAAAAGGGUUAAUUCUACAUUUUUACAGUGGCUCCAGAUAUAGAAGCGCACUCCAUGGGGGAGAACUUUGAAUCUCUCGGGCCACUACAUGUCUGAGCACGUAUCAGAACACGUCAGGACACACCACUGCACCCAAGGUGUUCGCUUAUAAAACGGUCGUCUUCCCUAGUUGACACGACUGGGGAAUCUGAUGGCCUUGGUGUGGCCAAUCAGUGGGGUCGUAUUGUUCACAAAACUCCGCCUCUAAUGUUGCACCGUCGCCCUCGCAUUUGCCGCAACUGCGUGGCCAUCUGGGAAACCGAGCUCGUCGCCGUUCCCUCGGUAAUACUUCCACGAAGUUGGCCCCUCGCAUCAAUCAGUGGCAUCUCCGUGACGGUCAGCUUGUCAUGGUCGGUGUCGGGCACUGUUACCGUCUGGACGGCGCUGAUGAAAGGGGUUGCCUCGGGGGCAACACCCAAGUAAAGAAUGCACGUUUCCAGGUUGAGACGUAACAAUUAAUGGCCAAGGAGUUAGUGAUGAAGAACAGCCAGCAAAUUAAACCUUUAGUACUUUUGCGGAGUGUGAGAAGCUGUCUUCAGAUUGGCGCACAUUUGCGAAGAAAUUUUGGUUCCGCAUAUGUUUGCUAACGGUUCAUUCGACGAACAUAUGAAACGCGCUACGGUGCACCCAAAAACGCGCCCGCUUCGCGCGCCACUCGGAGUUCCAGUUUCGAAUUCUCCGCCAAUCGAUUGCGGCGGAGCUGGCACAUCACUCCGAGCCAAGUCAUUCCGAAGCGCUUGGUGGUGCGCCGAGCGAGAGACAGCAGCGGCGCGUCUCGGAGCGCUCUCGGCGUUCUCGCCCGACGUUGAGACCGUCGAGUCGCGCGUUGCAGCUCGCGCAGUUUGAGACGGCACCGCCAGUCAAGGAGGUCGGCCACAAUCGGCGGGGCGCCGCUGCAAUAGCAACCGAACGAGAAGCGUGGCCGUCACCGGUCUGCCCGUGAACUUCGGCGUUCGCCGACUCCUGCGCGUUGCGCGGGGCUCUGGUGCGGCGGCAGUAGCGGGUAGCCGGCGCCGUCGGCCGUGUGCCGUCGCAGGGCUGGGUAACCUCCUGACGAGCGUCCGCUGGCAGAGCGACGACGGCCGUCGUAGCGGCGACGACGAGGCCAUGUCGUCGUCGUCGACCAAGCCGAAGCGCUACUUCGUCAACGCGCUGCCCGACUACGACGGGGCGCCGAUCCCGCUCGAGCGGGAACUGUGGGUCGAGCGCUGCCGCGACACGGUUCAGCGCGUGUUCACGCACCAGGGUACGGGGUUCGAUGACUGCGACGGCGGCCUGUACGUCGGAGUCGCCGGCGUGGCCUUCAUGGCGCACCGCGUGGCGCAGAGCCCGCACUUUGCGGGCGACCGCGCGCGCCUGCUGACCAAAGCGCAGACCUAUCUAGGGCACGCACUCAGCUACUGCGACCAGCCACAGGUGCGCGCGGACCGCGCCAUGCAGUCGGCUUUCCUGCUGGGCAGCGCCGGCGUCUGGGCGCUCGCCGCCGUGGUCGCCAACGAAGUGGGACGCAACGACGACUGCGACAACUUCUUGGCAAGGUAUGCAGCCGUAGCUGACAUCUGCAUGCCAGUCAAGUUCCUGGAUUGUGGCAGUGACGAGCUGUUCGUAGGACGGGCUGGUUACUUGACAGGACUGCUUUAUCUGCGCUCCAGGCUUGGACGAGAGGUGCUUCCCGAUGAGAAGAUUGCACUGCUGCUCCAUUCCGUGGUGCAGUCUGGCAGGGAAUAUGCCAAGAAACACCGCAGCCCUUGCCCGCUGAUGUAUGCCUACUACGACGUGGAGUACUUGGGUGCAGCGCAUGGCCUGUCAUCGAUACUGAUGACGCUGCUCCACUUCCCAUGGUUUGUUGCGGGUGACCAGACAGUGGAGCGUGACAUCCGAGCUUCAGUCGACUUCCUGCUGCAUGUGCAGACACCGCGCGGCAACUUUCCGUGCGACUUGGAGGACGUCACCAAGCCACGUCGUUCACAGGACGAGCUCAUACACUGGUGCCACGGUGCCCCAGGUGUGAUGCAGCUAAUGGCCAAGGCAUACCUGACGUGGCAAGACCCGCGCUACCUGGAGUCGUGCCUGCGUUCGGGCCAGAUGAUCUGGGAGCGCGGCCUCCUGCGCAAGGGCCCCGGCAUCUGCCACGGCAUUGGCGGCAGUGGCUAUGCCCUCCUGCUGCUCUACCGACUCACAACCGACCUGCGCUGGCUGCACCGGGCGCGCCAGUUUGCCGAGUUUAUGUUCACCGACGAGUUCAAGCAGGCACGCACGCCCGACUGCCCCUACAGCCUCUUUGAAGGGCUCGCCGGAACGGCAUGCUUCCUGGCUGAUCUGCUGGAACCACGCAGCGCCACCUUUCCGCUGAUCGACCCGUUCUAAGGGGCACUUGGCCGACGCAUUCUGCAAGGCCGUGCCAAGGGCGUGUCUACACCGUCGUCUGCAGCGUCUGCUGGUUGGUUGGUGGCCGUCGAAGUGCAGAAGCGCAGCACAGGGUAAGGGCAGUCAGAAUGGGGAUUGCCAACAAACACAGGUGACAAGAAGACGCUGAGAAGCAAGCACAGGACGCAAGAAAAAGGGGCAGCCUGCUGACUUUAGCAAACUGAGCAAUUGGGUUAGUCGGCAAAUAUGGCUGAUGUAGCAAUGUCAAGGAUCAAACGGGACAUGUAAGGGAAAGAAUGAUAGCAGCAGUUUAGCAUUCUUUUGAAUGAUAAAAGAAAGAAUGUAAGGCACAAGAAUGAAGAAAACACAGAAUACACACAAAUUCAAUUCAUGUGUUACAUCUCUUUCACUUCGUUAGAGGAAGCUUAGGCACGCCAUACACAAACUUUCUCAACAGAAGCUUUUUUAAGAUUAGUGUCGCUAUUGACUCGAGGUAGCUGUAAGCCAGCACUCUUGCCUGUUUUGGAGGAUACAGUGCACCUUCAUUGUAAUCACUGCACUCUGACGGGCUACAACAGUAUGUGCAAAACCUUGCCUUCUUGUUUACCACUAGAAAUUUACCUUAGUCAUAGCUGUGCUAGCUUUGAAGGGAGCCAAAUGCUUGUUUUCACGUUUUGUCUGGCUACUCGUUUGAAACGUGAUGCUGAUAAGUAGGAUCACUUUGUUGGUUAUCUAGAUGUUGUUGCUGCUCACCGAUAUGGUAGUGCUGGUGGUUAUCAUUAACAGCAGUACUUUUGCGUUGCCUUCAUGUGGCAUUCUUAGAAUUGUUGCAGCAAACCCAGAGUGUUCUGCAAGGUCGUUGAGCAUGCUAGGAGAAUUUACUGAUUAUAGGAAACUGCUCCUCAUGCGCUAUUGCAAUCAUGUUGAGAAAGGAAAAAAAGAUUAAGAAAAACAAAUUUUAUGCAGCACUUCGUGUGCUUUGUUAAACUUCCAGCUCAUUUGCAAUUGUAACUCCUGAUUUGUGCUUUUGAAACACAUCAAGCAGAUGUCCACAUUAUCGAGGCUCACUUUUAGAUAUAUUUGUCUGUUCGAGCUUCGUUCUUGAUAAGCACAACUUGAAUAGUUUACUCAAUUCCAGCAACAUGAAGCCAUUGAGUUUUCUUCAAAUGUAAGCAUAUGAGAGUGUGUCAUGAAAUUGUCACUCUGAGCAAAACAAUCCCCAUAAACACAGGGUUUUGCGCAUUUAGCAGAAUAUAUUCUUAUUUGAUGUCCCAAGUGCAUUGUUCUUGAAAGUAAUGGACAUCUUGCUGAGCACAGUUGUUUUAUGGGCCACUCUAUUCUACAAUGGAGAACAAGAACGUGUUGCAUUGUCUGUUGCUUUAAAUGGAUGUUAAUUGGUAGUUAGUGCUUCGUACUGGUUGCAGUUGAUUAGUAUAACAAUUUAUUACUGAUUACCAACCUAUUGGGCAUCCAUUGACUUUUUAACGAAGCAUCGAAAGGUUGUCCCUCACACUGUUCUCACUGAACUAAGACUUCCUCUUUCAUGUCAUUUUCUAUUCUUUUGCAGAAUAUGUGACAUGUGCAAGUGCCACUUCCAACUUAUGCUGAAUGCAUUGUGCUAUGUAUUGUUUAGUUAUUUAUAUAUAGCGAUGUUAUCAGUAAGCCAAACGAAAACUAGAACUAAAACAAUAACAGGUGGCAAUCCCUUGCUAACAAGAAUAAAAGUACUAACAUACUGAACAAGCAGUUCAGACAACAAGACUACAAGAAGACAACAACAUGGGCGCUGUCUAUCAACUGGUGGUUUAUUUGAAAAACAACCACCAUUUGAGAGUCCAUGCCCCCGUUUUUCUUUUCGUGUGGUCAGUCUGUGCUGUUCGUUCGUUAUGUUGACGUUCAAGCAACUAGUCCAACUUAUCACUUUUGUACAAUAAAAGCAAUCACACAUGUCACAUGUGUACAGUACUUUGUUCUGUCAUAAUUAUUAAUACUAAACAUAGCUUGAAGGUAGUGUUUGUAUGUGCUCUUUCUUAACUGUUCCUCGUGGUUUUUAUUGCACGCUCAGAGUUGAAAAAGAACACACAAGCUAGUCCAUUCUUGUAUGCUGCUAAUCACAAAUUUGUAUAACGCAAAGGCGCACCUUCCUGUAGUGCACUCCAGGCAUUAGUUAUGGCGUGAAUGACUUGUCAAGAGACAUGGUAAUCUAUAGUCACCUUCACUUCUCCUUGCACUGUUGGUCACUAGAGAAGAUGCAGGUUAAAGACUUGGCUGUAGUAGAGUUCAGUAACAAGGUGAAAUCCAGGUCCUUCUCAAUGCAAGCGGUUAGUCUUUGCUGGGUUGCUGGCCUCUGUCCAGCCAUAUUUUGCUGGCUGGCAUUAAAGGCACAUAGGAUACUGUCCUACUUAUCUGCGUAGGCUUUGUUACCAGCAAGACCAGAGGUAUGGUGCCGUGUGCUUGUAGAGACUGGACGAUGCCAUGUAACUGAUAGCUGCCUUUCGUGGUGCUCCUGUGCCUGCCUCAGCUAUUGAGUUAGCACAUUCUCCACAGGCUGGCCUUACUUGGCUGCUUUUUCUGUUCCCCAUGUGGCAGCUUCACUGCCUCCUUACAUCCACUGGUAGCCAGCACAUUGCUGUUUCAUUUGCUUGCCAGGUCGGCCACAGUGUUUGAAAGGAGUACUGACAUAACAUUCUUGGCUUCUUGUCUUUCUUUCUUUUUUUCUUAUUGGUCCUUACCCUCUGAGCCUUAGAAAGAGUACUGGCAAGCUCCAAAGUGCCCAAAAUAAUUUACUGUGGUACUUGUUUCUAUGAACCAGUUUUGGUUGACUAUAAUGGUUAAUCAUACUAUUAACUCAUGAAUCAAUUAACCAAUACCGCAUUUCAAGACCAAAUUUUGUAUCAGAUUAACAUAUCUUACGUUUCUUGGCAUUCAUACUCGGCAAGUGUCAUACUUUUAGUUCAUUAAAAUGACAAACUGGGCAAGUUUAUUGUUACAUGCAGGAGGCACGUGGUAUACUUUCUACGACUUAGAAAAUAAGUCUCUCAGUGCUCCUUUAAAAAGUUCAUCUGCAGUUGAGUGCUGCAAGAGCAGAUUUUGCUGAUUCAUACACGCUGCGACACGGUAAGGUCAGAAUGUAGAAUCACGUUAAUACAGUGAAUCACCAAGGUCUUUGUACGGCAACAUUUGUUGCCCUCAAGGACACUAUUUUUAAAAAUUUUUUUGUAGGUUGUGACCUGUAUUUGCAGUUUAUCGAAGCCCUCGCAAGAGACAGAGAGAAGAAAAAAAACAAAAGGUUAGUGACUCCCUAUCCGACAGCUCUGUCUUCAGCAGUUUGUGGGAAUCUGCAGUUUAACUGCUCUCCAGCAGAGGUAGCUGAAAGCCGCAGAAGUUUCGUUGCCACUGACAUCUGAACGGAAGACGUCGAGCAUACACUGACUGGCUGGAAAGAGCCGGUUAAUAUUGAAGGGCCAACUGCAACCAAAUCUUGGGCUUCGUGAAAAUGUUUAAUUUCAGAUAGCACAAAUAUAAGGCAGCCUUCAUGCAAAAAUUCUACCCUCGAAUUACUGUGGAUACGUCGCAACAAGCUCACAAAAGUAGAUGUUUUUGAUGCCACAACUGAAAAAAAAAAAAACGCUGCCAUUACCACUCACUGGACUCUGAACACGCAGCUCAUGACUCGGAACACGCAGCUCCUCAGUGUGACUUCACAGAUUGGGCACCACCUGUGGCACGCUGCAUUAACUUGGCGGCAACGUGGUAGGAGUUUGGCCAUAUUCGUUAACCACCAGAUGCAUGCAUUGUGUGCUUAGGUACCAGGCUGCUAGUAAGGAAGUUGAGACAAUUACUAGCCCUGCAGAAUUGCCGAGGUUCAUUGAGUAUAUACGGGGGGCUUUCUUAAUUUUUUUCUAUUAACAGAAUUUUUAAAAAUCACCUGUGCCUUGCACAAUUCCUUUUCCUGAGCUAGAUUACUCCUAGAGGCGUACAAUAUUUUCACAAGAAACCAAAAUAAAUAUUUCGCUAAUUAGCAAAUUUUGUAAGUUAGCUUUUCAUCUAGUUACUUCAUGGUAUAUAUUGGAAUUCGUGAAUUUUAGCAGGUGACCCCAAAAGUCAUAACCACUUGGAACAAAUUCUGAGGAUGACACCAGUUUUGAGAUAUGCGUCCUCAAAGAUUGCGAUAAAAUGUGAAAAAGUGUUCCAGGAAUUUUUGAGCUCCAAUGCAUAAAAGGCGCUUUGUUAAAACAAAUAAGUGGAAUAACAGUGCAUUUUUACCCCAAGUUUGAAUGCACUUAUCUGAAAACUGGUAAUAUAUUUUCAAAAUUUGUUCCAAGUGAAUUUGCCUUGUUAAAUUGUUGGCUUCAAUUCAUGUAUUAUAAUAUGUGUGCUAAAGUAAUUAGUUGGAAAGUUGAUUAGCAAAAUUUUGUUAAUUAGUCGAUUAUGCAGUUUGAUUUCCAGUGUAAUAUCCACCUCUUCAAGUAGUCCAGCAGAAUAGGUAUAUUUGUGCUACAUGUCACUGGCGAAUUAUAAAAUUUCUGUUAAUGGUCAAAAUAAAACACCCUGUGUACUACUCAUUUGUAAGCAUGAGAAGAACUUGAGUUUGGCCUAGUUGGUGUUUACUGCAUGACAUGUUGACCGCUAAUCAAGGACAGAGAAAGAGAAACACAAAACGACGACACGGGCACUAUGUCCUUGAUUAGCGGUCAACAUGUCAUCAUUUGUAAGCAAUUUAACCAAAGCUAAAUUUCUUUGAAGUUGGCCUUUAAGGCUUUGUUGCUUCUGCAACUGCCAAGAGGAAUACAUUUUUUAUCUUCGAUACGCUGUGCAAAGACUUGCGCAAGGUGUUCUUGUUUUUCGAUGCCUUCAAAGUGUGUGGCAUCCCACUUAACUCAGAUCACGUCUGCAGCUUUUCAAUAUUUCUCAUUGUGAAACCUGCUUGCUACACUGCAUUGUGAAGGGCUGUUUGAUGGAUUGCUCUUAUUCAAAUGUAGUGUCCCGUGUGAUCGAGGCUACUUUCAGCAGGCAAUGUCUCUAGCACAUGCUGAAGAUUGGAACUCUCAUCUCAUGAGGUUAUAUAUAGAGCACCCAGAUUAUAUCAGCUUCUAGAAUGACACAUUUCACAAAUUCUGGUGCGCUUUUAGCCUGACGGAACAUUGAAGAACAGUAAACCAGACGAUACCAGUAGGGCAUCUGUUUGAAACUCUUAUUUGUAUUUUAAGAAUUCUGAAUAUUAGCAACAGAAAAAAAUCACUGCCAAGCAGUUCCUUUGAAAUCCCGCCCAGACUGGCCCAUCACCAUUCUCACAAAUCUCACAGUAAUUAUGCAUAUUUAUGGUCACUUUUUUCCACAAAAAGCUAUCUGAAGUUGUCAGAGCAAGUCUAUGCAUUCUUUUCAAUCCAAUGUAAUAAUUUUUUAAUGUUUAGCUGGAUCUGGGCAGAUGCUGCCAAUGUCUACGAUGUCAUGCAGAGUUGGCAUCAGGAAUUAAUUCAAAGGGCUCGUUGAUGUCCAUGUUUUUUGUUUGUGCUUUUUGGCUUACUGUGCUUUCGUAAGCAAGGUGACCCAUUUGGCAUUACGAAAGUACAAUACCUACCUGCCUUGCUUAACAUUUAUUUAACGCCUCCUAGAGCUCCACUUUUUGGAGGUACAGUAGCCUUUGUUGCGAAAUGCAGCUGCAAGAAAAAUAUAUUCGGUAGUAACCAUGAGAAUGAAAUCCCAGGUCGAGCGAUUGCUUCCCAGUAGACCUGCUGAAAAAUCCUGUUGCGGACACUUAAUGGUUAGCUCUAUCGGAUAAUGCUACGAAGCAUUCAGGUGCUAUGACAUCGUUGGGCCUCCAGGAUGGGUCUGCAUUACGAAAUACAUUAAAACCCUUCUGAGGACCCACAUUAUGCACUAAUACAGUAGACUUCUGUUAAUUCGACUCCGGUUAAUUCGAUUUUUCGGUUAAUUCGAUCCCGGCCUAGGGUUCCAGCCAGCGCCCAUGCAUUUCUAUGGGCCUAAACUUUAGUUAUUUUGAUCCUAAAAAUGGCCUUUGCCGGAUAAUUCGAACUUGACCAGUCAGCACACACGUGGCUGACCGCUAUGGUGACCCCGAUAUCAACCCCUUAAGUGCAGCGUCUGUCUCAGCAGAGCUUAGGGGACAGGGAAUGCGUUGAACAUGCGUCUCUUGUCCAAAAUGCAUAUUUUUGUCCUGCCCUAGGAAGAUUUGCGAACAAUAACUGUAGCUAACGUUUCAUUACGGUAUUUACCUGAUCGUAAGGUGCAGCUUUUGUUGAAGAAGAAAAUUGGGCCGAAAAUUGCCUGCGCGGUGCAGUGAGACACGAAACUGAACUACCUUUGCAACGUCUGCAUGCCUUGCCGCAUAACAUGGAUGUAUUGCGGCGAAGCAGACUUUAAUACACGCGUAGUGAAGCUGACUUUAAUAAACCUGCCACCAUUGUGCAAUAUCGACGCGUCUGCACAGCGCAAAAGACGAGGACUGAAGGAAGAACACAACACAGUAACAGAAUACAACACCUGUGUUGUGUUCUUCCUUCAGUCCUCGUCUUAUGCGCUGUGCACCCGUGUCGAUAUUGAAUCACCAACUCGCCCCACCUUACCAUUGUGCAACAAUUUUUCUUGCAAAAACCAGGUGUGCGUUAGGGUUCUACUUUGUUUAGAAGCUUUAAUGUCACUUCUACAUUAAUUUUAUGUUUUGGACAGACAGGAAGUGGGCGCGCGUUUGAUUCGGGGGCGUGUUAGAAUCGGGAAAAUACUGCCAAAUGAAUCAGCGGUGUUUUCCGCCAUUUUUUUUUGCAUCGUUUAAUUCGGCCUCCCGGAUAAUUCGAUCAGUUUCGUCGGUCCCGUCAGGGUCGAAUUAACGGAAGUCGACUGUAUUAUGAUCGAACGUCAAAUCACCAUUUUUGAUUACGCAGUCUCUGGGACCACGCCAGUUUGCUCAGUUAGACAGUCAUCCACUAGUGAUGCAUCACUAUUGGUAAACAGUUAGCUUUUUAAACGACAAAUAGUGUAAGAAAUGGCUAUCGAUAGUUUAAUAAAAACAAAUGAUAGCAUUGUGGUAAUUCGCUCUUGACAGUGCAGUUGAUAAUGUUGAAAUUCUUGUCUAGUGACAUUACAAAACAUUUUGCGAUAACUAGCCAUCAGUGGUAUUCAGUUUAUACAAUUUGGAAUGGUGUAACGUCACCAAGUUUAUGUUCCAGUGUUUACGUGCUGAACAUUGCGCAUUUAACAUUAUCGACAGUGCUAUCGAACACAAGUUGCAAUGUAGUGACAGUGCUAUAUCGAUGAUUUUGCAUCACUACCAUCCACACAAAUUGGGUUGUAAGAACCAAAGAAAACCUUGCUGCGAAAAGGCAGGUUUUUGCAAUGAAAUAUAUUGGAAAGCUGUGAUUGAUCGGUUUAGAGCCUUCUGACUUCCGUGCCACUGUUUGGCCACUUUGGCUUCUUUGGCUGCACGCAACUCUGCUGUCUGUUGUUGCUCACAAUUUCACUCUUGAUCCCUGAAUGUUGUGUAAUGCACCAAGGCACACGCUGUCGUGAAAUGCACUCUCAACGUGUUCAUUGUGAUACCCGUGUAGUUUAUGUAUGUGCGUCUCGUGAACAACAAAUGCACUCUUUAACUGCACACAUAACAAAGUCUCACUCUUAGAAUGCUCAAGAAGGGGGAAAAAUAUUUUCUGUCUUCUCAUGUCGUUGGUGUUGUCGUUGUCUUGUGGAUGAAUAAGAGUAUAUAUAUAGCAUUGGACGGAUGUGCUGUGGUCGGCUUUAUGGGUGAUCUGGCUACUACUGGAUACACUUGUGUUUUUUCUUUGUUUUUCUUUUGCUGUUGAUCGGUUACAUUUGGCUAUAGUAUUGUCCUGAGUGCCUGUGGAUCCAUUUUAUAAUGUGUGUGCAUUUUUUACACUUGAGUUUCAGACAAAAUUGUUGAGAGAGGCCCCUUUAAAUAAUGAUGAUAGACGUGUGACCCAUGCCUUUUAUUAUGCAUGGUUGUAAGCCGGUUGCAAUGCGUUAUGAGGGUAACGUUUGCAGAUAUAAGGUCUGUAACUAAAUGUGACUGUAUCUUGUAACAACACAUGUUUUCAUAUUUUCCCAAGUGAAAAGACAUCUGUGCACCUGUGUGGCCCCUGUCACACUCCCUGGAACGUUUUGAAGCACUUGAAGCUAGUGCUACAAAGCCAGCUUUAGGAGGUUUUGUGCCUGCAAACAACCUCAAGACACUUCAUGCAUACGACAUCCUUGCCUUCGUGCAUUAGAAUAGACGAUAUGCAGAAUCUGCAAGUGUGCUUCUCCACACAACUCAUCUCACCUAAUUGAGAUGGCAUACCUCGGGCCACAACUGUAAAAAUAGGGCAGGAUACUGUCACAAUUCUCACCAUUUGUUCAUCGUACUAUCGACAGUUUCUUACAAUAUUACAUAGAGAGAAAUCUGGCACCUCUGUAUAUAAUUUUUCGCAACAAUUAUUGGGCCACCAUGGAAAUGCCGGGAUGUCAGUGUGCGAGACUUGGCUGAAAACGAAAUUAUUUUUGUACGAAUAAAGUCCAGACUGCACGUAUGCUUGCCAACGUGCACUAGCUCACUCCUACAAGCUGAGCGCCUGCCGUGCCUCUCGAAGAAUGGAAAUUAGCAUACACAAGCGGUGAGCGCCAGGAUGUGCUCGUUUCUGGCUAGAUGCCUUGGCAGGCAUCGCAUCGUGCAAACUGCGUUUGGCAACUAUCCAUUGGUCAAGCUGGUGCAAGACAAAGGUUGUCUGCACCAUGUAGAACAGCCGAACUAAAGCAUACGAGCACAAGUGCGUACUUAUGCCUAGCUGUGCACAAAGCAAACAUUGCGUGUAGCUGUGUGUGCCGCAUAGCAUAGAUACCACAGCUUCCACAGAGUGCGUUCACGAGCCCUGUCAUUGGUGAGACACUCUGACGACCGCAUGCUCUGAUUGGUCUCUGUGGCUGGCGAGGCUUCAGGCAUGCAAACUGUUCUUGCGGGGUGGUCUCUAAAAUUUUUUCAGUCUACUCAUUUCUUUAAAAACACGGGAGGGUCCUAUGGUGGUGGUCACUUUCUUUGCUUACAGGUAGCUUCUGCAUGAGCCACUUACUGUAAGUUCCACCAGGUGGCGCUUAGCAUGCCACUCCUGAGAACUGACAAGUUCCCAGCAAACCGGGGCACUGGCUGGAAUUUCUUAGUUGUACUGGCAAUUCUGUGGAUUAGGUGUAAUUAUAAGUUCAACUACUAUUAAUUUAGAAUCAUGCGGUUUAAGAUGCAAAAGAAAAUCCACCACUCUGUAGGGGUGAAAGGUUAUAACAUGAAGCCAGUGGUUGCAAGUUGGGCUUUGUGGAAAUAAUUCAUACUACAGAAAUACAGAGAAAAUGACUGUGGAAUUAAUUCAUACCAUAGAGGGAAAAUGACAUGUCCUGCUCUUUGCACACUGUAGUUUCAUUUGUAGCAGACAUACAGUUUGCAUGUUUGUUUUUUGUCUGGUUAAACACAGGAUAUUCGUGACACUUUCAUGAUGCAGUCCUUGAGUACUGGAACAACUUGUAAUUAAGUUCUCCAGUUGCCGUAUGAACCUGAACAAGGUACCAGAAGGAUAGAGUAAACCACGUUGAUCUGCUAGGUUGGCUGACUUGACCUUGCGAUGUGUCAUCACAGUGUCUUUCUCUAUUAGGAGCUAUGCACAGCAUUUGUGACACUCUAUGUUGAAAACUAUUUUCCUAGCUAUGUGACCACAAAUAUAGAAAAUUUGCCUCUCAUUGCUUUCUGCAGCAACAUAUGCAGCAUGGUCUGGGCUGACACCCUGCAUCUUACGAAUGAUAUGCCCCACACCACACAGCUCUCUCAUUUUCAACAGGCUUCUCAAUCGGCUCACGCUAGUCUGUGUCUGGGUCGAGCAGUGUUGUGAGCGCAUCUGGUUCAGCAGUUCUGUUUGCUGCUGACCUGGCUAAUCCAGUGAAAUUCUAGACAGGACAUAGUGAUUAAGAAAUUGUUGGGGUGUUGGCUGCGCGCUGCGCGCAGAUAACUGCCUUUCGACUUCCAAAAGUCUUCGCUAUGUCGUAAGGUCAUUAGAUACCUUAACUUUACAUGCUGUGGGAAGUAUCCCAGUCAACAGAGAGUACUUUAAAUAGUGGCACUUGGCUGCAGUGAAUACAGACAAAAAGCCACCACAUUCCCCAGCAGGGAGCUCCCAUUCCAUACGGAAAGCUAAAAAGGACAGUAGCUACUCUUGGGCAGCAUACCCUGGCCCAAGAAAAGAUGCAUUUCCUCUCGGGUAUUUUCUGCCAGUCUUGAACACGUGGGCAGGCAGCAAUCAGAAAAGCUAUGUUGGCACUGCGUCGGCAGCCAGCACUGGUCUACCUUGAGGAUUCUCCACCUCCAGAAUGUGUGUACAUAGUCACACCACAUGUACUGUUCCUUGAAAAUACUUUCCACGCGCAGCUGCAGAUUCACAGAGGGGCUUAUCUUUUGUAGUGUAGGUUCCUAGACUCCUGGGGUCUUGCGUCGUCUUUUGAGAUGCCGCAAAGUGAUGGCAUGCGUCCAUUCACCUCACAGCAACCUGGGUACAGUGAAACCUCGAUAUAACGAACCUCAAUAUAAAGAAAUUCGCGAUGUAACGAACUAUUUUUAUUUCCACAUCUUAGUUCUAUUGAAUUAACGAAACCUCAAUAUAACGAAGUUUUUCGAUGCAAGUACAACUCCAUUAUAUCGAGGUUUGGCUGUAUUCGUUGUUGUGUACUGGCGUGUAGCAGUGUGGUUCGACCAUAUUACGCUCCUUUGUCAUGAUCUGCCAAAAUGAUCAUGCCCACGAGCAGACACAGCACAGUAAUAUACAGACAGUGAGAGAAGUUAUGAACACUGCAGCAGGCAUUCAUGAUCAGUAAUGCGCAACAGCGUAUUUCUCCUCUGGAACUGUACAGCUGCAUCACACUCGUCAAGUAGUUACUCACGCAAUGCUUGUUCUUGGGUAACUCGCCUUACAACAAAUGCUUACAUGCCAUUGUAUAGCCCGCGUGUAGACAGUCGACAAGGACAAGGUUCAAUUUUGUUUCCCUUCUUGUCCUUGUCUGCUUUUGUUGCGCUGGCUAUACCAUGGUCCCAUACUCAUGAUGGAUGCAAGGAGUGGGCGGCACUCUUUACACUAUCCCCAGUACUUCUAGGACACUGUACCCGUGCAUACAAUGGCAGCAAGCCAGGGCUACUUUUCCCUCUAGGUGAUUGUAAGAAACUCUUUGAAGACACAUUUAUUCCUAACAGCAUACCUCAAAGGUCCCGUGGUGCCACACUUACUCUCUUACUGCUUAUGUAAAAUCAGCCAUCUUGAUGAGGGCACAUUAGAUGUGCCGGAAAGGCUGCUUAUGGAAUUUUAAAUUUCACCUAAUUGCUUUCUAGUUAGACUAUAGGUGCAAGCUAGGAAUUCAAAUACAACCGUAAUAGAAUACUGCAAAUUUUCCUUGACAUGAACUCUGUUAAGUCCAGUUCUCUGCCUAGUUAGAGUUUCUGGGCCUCUGUUCGAUCUCGAAUAGAGUGAGUGUAUAUCUCUGAUGCUUGACUUCUUGUAAGACGAACUAGUUUCACAGUCCCUUGAAUGUCACCCACAUGGGUCUGCUGUACGUCUUUCUUGCACUUUAUCUUGUGGUGACUGACGAGUAGCUGUAAUGAUAAAGUUAAGUAUGCAGAGUAAACACUAAGUCACCUCAUCUAUUUGCAGGUGACGCGUCCUUUGUGUAGUUUCCAAGUUUUGUAUGCUCAACUAGUGAUUAGCCAGUGAUAGUGGUCACAAAGAAGCGCUUUUCUUGAGGAUUGUAUGUAGCUGCACAUCUUCUCUGUUCUGUACGGUCAGUGUGAUUUAUUUUCAACAGACUUAUCUAGGUAAUAUCUUACAUUGUGCAUCAGCAGUGUUUCUUUUGUAAUUGUUUUCUAGUGAACCACCAAAAAUUCCCAAGAAAGCACUUUGAUAGGACAGUAAUGGUCUGUACUUAGUAGGUAAAAUCUGCAAAGAAGUUGGCUCAGCUUAAAAGCAAGUAUGUUCCAGAUAGCUUUUGAAUACACUGAUAUGACAUGCUAAUUCUUGUUUUAGUUUUCUAACUGCUUUACUUCUUUUUUAAAAGGAAAGUUAUCUCGUGUAGCUCUUGGGCAUAUGCCACAGAAAGAGCAAAAGGCUCGAAAGGAAGGUUUGCGAGUAAAAAAAAAAAAAAUCCGAGGAUACCUCAGCACUUCUGAGUUGUGAAUGCUAAAGUAUUCAUGUCUAAUUGAACGCCGCUGAGCAGUCCUUCGAGUUAUGAACUCCUUGCGGGCAAGCAAGCACGUUGAGAUGCUUGGUACUUUUUGAUUUGGCCUUACCGAGGUGCAGUUAAAAUGCAGGCGAGAGCUUCCACGAGCAGGGAACACGUGGAUAUGCCCGCUCUGCUCUGUUGAGGCACGCUUGGGCCGUGGUGGCACAGCCGAUGGGAAUUUAGGUGCCGUUUCGCUGCUAUGGACGCCGGCUUUUUCGCUCAAUGAACCAGACACUUUUGCAUCAAAACUUCGUCAAGCAAUGCAAUGACACGUUGAAACAGAACUGUUGUGUGUUAUCACUAAGGGUUUACAAAGAUGCAUUGCCUAUGGACAUAAUGUCAGAAAAAAUACUUUUGCUCACUAGUGUUAGGGCCUGGUCGAUCUUUGCAGAAGUAGUUAACCCAAGCAAAGAAACAGUAGUACCACCUCACAUGGGAUCGCAUUUGACAUUUUCCGUCCAUGAAGACCUUUUGUUUGUAGUGGGAUAAGCUCGAGCCUAACCGGGGCAGGUACCAUUGAGAUUUCCUACUUCGUGUCUAAAUUUGUGCAGGCUCGCCUUCAAUUUUUUUCUUAAUUACUGCCAAACCUCGAUAUAACGAGAUAUUGGAUAUAAUGAAAUAAAUAUAGAAUUUGCAAGUAAUUGUUGGCAAUGUCAGCAUGUAUGCUUAUAAAGAAUACUGGCUAUAAUGAAAGUAUUUGUUUUUUAUGCAGGUGUUAUAAUGAUGUGCAAGUGUAUAUCCUUUUAGGAUGUGGUAGCCGUGACACUUCAGGCAUAAGCAGCACCUUGCAGGUAAAUAUAAAAUAAGAGCCGAUAUUUGCAACAUAUAAGACCUUGUUUUUUGCAGCAUCGUUGCAAGUACAAGGUAUGCAAAGGCAAUGCUCACAUGUACCAUCAUAAUUUUUUUUUUAAUGACCAGCCAUCUGCUUUAGCCAACAUGCAUGUGGCAGCAGCUACAGUCCGAGUGGUUAUUUGGCAUCCGGAGAUGAUUGUUCCGAAACUUUUUUUUUUCAGGCUGCCAUGUAAUUACAAAGCACAGUAGAAUAUUGCCAACUUUUGCUUUAAUGAAUUUCCUGAUUAUGUGUUUGCACCAUAUGCUAUUGAAAGCACCUAAUUUGAUCAGAUGGGGUGAAUUUUACUCCAAACAUGCAUUUCUUGAAAGCAUGGAAUCAGAAGAAAACAAAAACAUUACUUUGCUGCUGCAGCCUUUGCAUUUUACCAGAAAUCGAAAUACAUAUAACCAUGUCUUUUAGGUAAAUUCCGAUCAGAGUGGUGAAGUUGUUUUUUUUUUUCUAUGUCAUUGCUCUAGAACCUUGUGCAAUUGACUGUACAGUUGUUUUAGGUGAUAUUCAUUGCUUCCUCGUGCUUUUAUAGUUGGGAAUGAAGUUCUACUGUUUGACUGUUCCUUGCCGUACUGCUCAUCACCAGUUCUUUUGCCCCGAGCAUACAGCAAUGUCACACAUUUUCCCUUUCUUUUUAAAUCUCUGAAGCCACAGGCAGAGGUUGAACGGGAAAGUGCUUGCAGUGUGAAGAAAUAUCCAAAGUAUUUUAUUGCUCCUUCAUGUAUGAGAAGGACAGAAGGGAGAUCCCUGCACAAGCCCUAUCCUUACGAGCUUGUCCACAGCUGUAGUAUGCACUCUUGCACAAUAUCUAUCCAUGGAGCACAUUUUUCUAUGUCAUUUUUGUUUGUUUGUUUGACCACAUCCCUCUGAGAAAGCCACCAUAGAAUCCAGUAUACUAUCCAUGUUGUGCAUCGGUAUAUUGUUCAAUAGAGUGUUCCGUGUCUUGUUCUUUUGUCCUCCAACAUAAACCAUUCAACUCUCUACCCUCCAAAGCCUCAGGCAACUCCUUCAAAGUUCAUUACCUCCUCAAACAGUGUAACAAUCUCAUUAACCUUUACACCUGUGUCCACCCGCCUCGAUUAUAUUUUAUGGAAGAAGGAAUUUUGUAUAUCUGUAGUACAAAAUGCGUGUCAUGUUGUCUUGUUAUGUAGAUAAAACAACUUUUAACUCGUCA